AUGUCAAUAGGUAUUGGUUUUGGUUUAAUCUAUUUACCAGCUAUUGUUUCUGUCGGUUUCUAUUUUGAAAGUAAACGUUCUUUUGCUAUGGGUAUUGCGGUUUGUGGUUCAGGUUUGGGUACAUUGGUAUUUCCAGCUGUGAUGCCAUAUGUUAUCAAUGCACCAUUGUGGUUUGAUUAUGAAGGUGCUCUUCUACUUGAGGCAACCAUUAUCUUUAUUUGUGUUAUAUUUGGUGCUUUAAUGAUUCCCUUGCCACAAGAAUUAAGUGAAAUAAGACGUGUAGAACGAAAAGCACGAGAAGCAGCUAAACUACAAGUACUCAAAUCAGGAACUGCAACUAGUCAAAAUGAUGAUCAACAAAAUCUAUUACUUUCAACGAAUCGAGAAAGAUCUCAUGAAAAUGUAUCCGAAACAGUGACAACGAAUCUACCAGUAGUAGUUGCGCGUAAAGAUGCGAUUUAUCAAGGUAAUUUACAUAAUAUUCCAUUAUAUAACAAGAAUACUGAUGAAUAUCAUUGUCAAAUGAUAAAAACAAGUGAUAUGACAAAUGAAACAAAUAAGAAAGCUGCAAAAAAAUUAUUUCUGACAAAAAUUGCUGAACAAAUUGAUCUUAAUUUAUUAAAAGAUGCUGCAUUUGCUUUAUUUGUUAUAUCGGAUGUUUUAACAAAUCUUGGUUUUUAUGUGAAUCGUUUAAUAUUAUACAACAUAACAUUAAUAAUUUCUGGUAUAGCAACAAUGUUUGCACCAUUUUGUAAUUCUUUUGUUCAAACACAUAUGACUUAUGCUGGAUUAUUUGGAUUUUUUUCUGGUGGUUAUGUCGGUUUAAUAUCAAUUAUUAUUGUAGAUUUAGUUGGUGUUGAUAAAUUAUCUGAUGCUUUUGGUGUUCUUUUAUUAUUUCAGGGUGUUGCUGUUGCUAUANAUGAAGAAUGUGUAUGA